AUGAACAAAGAACAGAAAAUUAUUAUAAUCGGCGCCGGCGUCUUUGGUCUCUCAACAGCUCUGGAGCUCAGUCGUCGCGGUUACAGCAACAUCACAGUUCUGGACCGCCAUGCUCCACCUGUACCCGAUGGCUCCUCGGUCGACAUAUCUCGCAUCGUCAGGCCAGAUUAUGCGGAUGAGUUCUACGCGAGAAUGGGCAUGGAGGCUCUGGCAGGGUGGCAAAAGGAUUCCGCCCCAUUCUUUUAUCGCAGCGGCUUGCUUUGUGCUCAAGCUGGGACAGAAUUCGGCAACGCAUACUUGAAAGAAGCCAAAAGUAAUCUCGAGAACAUCGGUGCCAAAGUUGAUCUUUGGCCCUAUACUGGACGGGAAGUGAACGAGAGAUAUCCGGGCAUUCAUGGCGACUUAGCUCAAACCAGUGGCUACUGCAACCUGGAUGCUGGAUGGGUGGAUGCUGCGAAGAGUAUCGAGCAUCUGGCAAAACUGUGCAAAGAUUCUGGCGUCACACUUCUGUCAGAUGAGAGUGGCACUGUCAAGGAGCUUGUCACAAACGAAAUUGAAGGUCUCAAAGUCGUCACUGGAGUACGAACAGGAGAUGGAGAAUUGGUGACUGCUGAUACGUUUAUAGCGGCUACCGGUGCAUGGACGCCGCAUCUCAUUGAAGCUGGCAAUCGCUUCAUCUCUACCGGUCAACCAGUCGGUUACAUGCAGCUCACCCCCGAAGAAGCCGACGAAAUGCGAGAGAAUCCAGUCAUGAUCAACUUGAGCACCGGCUGGUUUGCUUUCCCUCCCACCCCUGGAGACAAUAUCCUGAAGAUGGCAAGGCAUGGUUAUGGCUUCGAAACUGUUCAUACCUCGAAAUCUACCCAAUACUCAGCACCAGGCAUGACUUCACAAUCUGAUUACCUACCCGCAGAUGCAGAGCAAGCUCUGAGAGAUGGACUUGCGCUCUUUCUGCCAAAGUUCACAGAUCGACCGUUCUCGAGGAGGAGACUAUGCUGGUACACUGAUACGCCAAAAGGCGACUUUGUUGUCGACUAUCAUCCUGAAUACUCAAACCUCUUCAUUGCAACUGGUGGCAGCGGGCACGCGUUCAAGUUCCUACCUAUCCUCGGUCGAUAUGUAGUUGAUAGCUUCGAGGGAUCAGCCUCAUCAGAACAGAAGGAGAAGUGGAAGUGGGCCGGAAGCGCUACACCUAUCAUGCCUGGAGAUGGAAGUCGUGGAGGUCCACCCAGACGAGUGCUCACGAAGGAGGAACAAUCUCAACUGAUCUAG